AUGAAAUUUUUAUUGAUCACAGCAAAUGUUGGAUCGCUUUUCGAAGAAACAUGUCGCAUCCACAACGGUUGGUUGGCAGCUUUUGAUCGGGUCAUCAAAGAAAGCAAUUCUGAUUUCAUUGUUGUACAUAUGCAAGAAGUCGGUGGAAAGAAUUUUACGGAAUGCACUAAUCAAGUACCUAAAUUUAUUGAUCGCGUAGCAGGAAUUUUUCAUAAUUUAGAAUAUUCAACCGGUCGUGCUUAUUUGGAUCUCGAGUUUCAGCAACCGGAAAGUUACAAUGCUCUUGGUUCAAUAUUCUUUAUUAAAGAUGCAAUAUUACCACGUAUACAACAAUAUGAUUUCGUGAAAAAGCAAUUCGUCGUAUUAGAAAAGGUUUUCAGAUCAUAUAACCAUGGUUUGCUCAAAUGUCAGAUGUUGCGAAAAUCAAAAUUUCCUCAAGAUUUUUGGCCAGCUGUGAAGUGGAGCAGAAAAGGAUAUAUGCAUUGCAGGUUUAGAGUAGACGAAACUGUGUUCGAUCUCGUCAAUGUGCAUCUCUUUCAUGAUGAAUCAAAUAUCGCUCUUAUUCACGAGAAUCCAACACUUUACAGUGAAAACAGGAAAAGGGCUCUCGAUUUCGUUCUAAAUGAAAUGAAAAGAGUUAGUGAAGAUCAUUUGUAUCCGCUUUUCAUAUUUGGUGAUUUGAAUUUUCGUCUUGAUGUGCGAUCGUUUUUGAAUCGUAUAACAGCUGGUACUGACUUGCGAGAAGAUUCAAUGGAAUCUACUGAAUCAAGUAUACGUAGUACCAGAGAAUCUGAUUGUCCAGUGAUGAUAGGUUCUCAGCAAACUGGUGAGCUUAAACAAAAUACAGUUUUCAGGCGGACUGUAUCAGCGAUUGAGUUCCGGCAAUCACCUAAUAAUUCCAAAGUCGAUUUUUCAUCAAGCUGUAUUCUUCGUAUCGAAAAAAAACUUUUCGAUUAUGUCAACCACAAGCGCUUGUUGAAUGAGUGGCGUUGUUAUUUGGAAGAUGAUCGAGAAGUACGAAAUUUCCCUUGUUUAUAUGAACUAAACAUUGAUUUUCCACCAACAUAUCCGUGGAGCGAGGACCCAGAUAAAUCGGAAUCUUUAUUAAAGACACGCGCUCCAGCGUGGUGUGAUCGUGUGUUGAUGAAUGAAGAAGCUUUUGAAUUAGUUAAGCAGGAUCAAAAUGCGAAAUAUGAUAGUUUUGGGAAGGAUAUAUGCAUGGGUGAUCACAAGGUAGGGAAAAUAGGUCGUUAA